AUGGCAACGGAUCUCAUAAUGCCCACCCUCGUCGAGCAGCGCGGCCCCUUCUUCGCCCAGGACCGCCCUCACUUCUCCCACAACCGAUCCCAGUCCUUCCAGACGGUGCCCCAGCCCCAGCCCUUCCGCAACCGCACCUCGCCUCUCAGCACGCCUCACGACGGGUCUCCCACCUCGCCCAAGUCGUGCCUGACCGAGUCGGUGCGCCCCGUCUACGUCCCUGCCGUCCUCCGCCCCAACAAGCACCACUCCAAGAAGCCCCGGGCCCCCAAGGCCGAGGACCUCGACGGAGGGGACCUGCUCUGCUUGCGCCGCUCCAACAGCAGCUUCAUCAGCCUGCCGGGCUUCAGCGUCCUCGGCCAGAAGCUGUCGCGCCGCUCCACCGGCGACAGCGGCAAGGUCAUCGACCUCGAGUUGGACGCCGACCUGUUCCCCCAGGUCACCGGCGAGCCCACCCGCAAGCACUGGAAGCCCGACACCGAGUCUGUCAUGUGCGACGACCCGACCUGCAAGCGCAGGUUCACGCCCCUCAACCGCAGACACCACUGCCGCCGCUGUGGCAACAUCUUCUGCCACAUGCACUCCAACGAGGUCAUCCCCCUCGACGAGGACUGCAACUACAACCCCCGGGGCACCCUCGCCCGCGCCUGCUUCCACUGCUUCACCGAGUUUAAGGUAUGGAAGAGCCGUAACGGCAGCCGCAGCGGCAGCGACCAGAGCUCCGACUCGUCCGACGCACCGUCAAGCCCCAUCGUCGCGAGCCCCGUUGUCCCGAUGAUGCCCGGCAUGCUGCCGCCCACCAAGGGCCCGGAGGUGGCUGCCAGCGUCCCUCGUGACUGGAACUGGAGCACCUUCUAG